AUGAAUCCCGACGGUAACAAAUGGAGUACAUCAGAAGGCAUUACACGGGCCUUGACUCGGGUCUUGUUCGAUAGCGUUAAUGAUGCCACGACGGAAUGCUUGACACAAAUGGAGCGCGAGCGUGCAGCGGCGGCGCGGAUCCGUCGGCCGAUUCGACGUCGGACAUUUGUCCCCCGCGAGCACGGCGUAGCUCACCAACGUCUAUUCGCAGACUAUUUUGCUGAGCAACCACGGUGGGGCCCGAGGGUUUUUCACCGCCGUUUUAGAAUGCGGCGAGAUCUUUUUCUCCGCAUUGUCCGGACGUUGGAGGAACGUGAUGGAUACUUCCAGUAUUGGGAAGACGCCAUCGACAGACCCGGACUUACGCCGUUGCAGAAGUGCACGGUUGUGAUCCGGCAGUUGGCCAACGGCCCCACAACGGAUAUGGGAGUUGUGGAGGCUUUUGGGGUCACAUAUUUGCGACGACCGACUGCUGAGGAUUGCCAGAGCCUGAUGAGGAUGCACGAGGCGGUGCACGGCUUCCCUGGAAUGCUAGGGAGCAUCGAUUCUGGUGACAUGAGAGUGUUGUUUGCGGCAAAGCAGGAGGGUGCGCGAAAGGAUGUGGAGCUGGCUUUUGGUGUCCUCCAAUCGCGUUGGGCAAUAGUGAAAGGUCCGACGCGUUUGUGGUUCAAGGAAGUCACCGCUGAUGUCAUGUAUGCAUGCAUCAUCUUGCAUAACAUGAUAGUCGAACAAAAAGUUGGACAUGUCACCGAUUGGGUCGAUGAUGAAGGUGGAUCUAGCUCCAGCACGGCGAUCCCGCCUGUCGCUCGAGGAUUACCGAUGGGCUUCAGUGAGGUUCUAGAGUGA